ACUGUGUGCGGGCCGCUUCACCGCGGAAUUGAUCUGCCCACCACCGUCAAGCUCGCGCGCGCGAUCCAAUCCAACGCGAACCUACUACCCCCGUCUCCCUUUGACCGCGCCACACGCGAUUAGCAGCAGCUCUCCGAUCACCGUCAGGAUUUAUUUAUUCACCAAACCUUGCGAUCGAGUUCCGGGCCGUAUAUAUACUCUCGAGAUCGACAAGGAGAAGCAACCGCCCGGCUGAGACUGAUCCAGACGCAAAAGGCAUCGACCCGGGUCCGAGGCUUCACGAGGCAAGGAAUCUACACCGGCUAGCUAGCAAGACCGCCGAUGGAGAAGAAGCAGCGGAAGCACGCGAGGUCCGGGAGCUUCACGGCCGCCGGGCUGGCCUCCUUCCUCCGCUCCACCGUCGCGUCCUUCUCCUCCAACUUCCCCUCCCGCGGCAGGUCCUCCUUCAACCACCGCAACGCCUUCUCGGGGCCCAUCGUCUCCAUCGUCCCGCCGGAGGCCCGCGGCGGCGGCAGGAGGAAGCGCUCGGGGUACCGGACGCCCGAGCCGACGUCGCCCAAGGUCUCCUGCAUCGGCCAGAUCAAGCGGAGCAGCUCCAGGCGCCAGAAGAAGGUCAACCCCUGCGGCAGGAACGGCGGCGCCUGCCCGCUGCCGCCGCGGCCGGCGGAGGGGACGAAGCCCCGCGGCGGGCCCAGGGGCUCGCUCGUGAAGCGGAUGUCCUUCUUCCGGCGCAGCAGGUCGCGGUCCAGGUCGUCGUCGAAGGACGGCUGCGCCAACGGCAGCUGCACCGUGGCGGCGCCGGCGCCGGCGGGGCUCGGGCAGAUGAAGCGUUUCGCGAGCGGCCGCGCGGCGUUCCAGGACUUCGACUGGCGGGAGGAGGAGGAGGAGGGGAGGAGGAGCCGUGGCAGCAGCGACGGGGAGGACGAGGACGAGGGGUUCGUGGCGCACUCGGCGCCGCUGACGCUCGGCGGCGGGGUGGUGGCGUCCGAGCCCAGGAAGGAGGUCAACCUGUGGAGGCGGCGCCCCAUGGCUCCUCCCACUCCGCUUCAGCUUCCUUAGACCUUAGGCUAGCAGCGAUCGACCUGCAUGCUCCAUGUUCCUUGCAUGCAUGCUCAUCUCUCUGUGUGCCAAUGCCUGUGUUCUCUAGUUUGUACAGCUCGACACGCUUGUGCGAUGAUCCUACAAGUUUAGUUGAUUUUGUAAAUGUGGUGCUCGUCUUUGGAAAGGAAGUAAACAGAGUGUUUGUCUCAGCAA